CUUACCUUAAUCUCUACCUCUGACGAUUUUAAAAUCACUCUGAAUUACUUUUCUCAUACACUACUAUUAUUAUUAUUUUCUGCUUCUGUCAUUCCUGAUUCCUACUUCUCCAGCAAUAAACUCGGCUUAGAAAGUUUCAUGCUCGCUAAGAAACUUUACAAUAGUGUCAAUAGCCACAAAAAUGUAGAAUCAGAAGUAAUUGUAUCUUACACCAAUCAAAAUGGUCAUUACGAUAUGCUAAAAAACAACCUGAAAAGAACAGUUCUUUCGAACUAUGCUGGCAACGAACAAUCCUCUGACACCCCAACUAAAGGAAAAGAAAAGGCUCAAAAUAAUAUUAAUAAUCAUCUUGAAACCAUCGAAGAAAAAUACACCAAAUUAAACUUCUCUCCUUCACAAAAAAGAAAAACAACUUUAUUAACCACUUUUUUUCUUCUUCAAAAGUACAAAAACCUUUCUCUUAAUCUCAAUCCAAUUUUCUAG